CUUACUCAUAGUCAUAUACCAAGCAAUAUACCUAAAUCGUGAUACCAAAGGCAGUUCAGCAGUGUCUAGUUCGAAGUUACCGGGGAUGGACAGGGGUUAAGCGUUAACGGUGUUGUUUUCAGGUCUCCCUACAGACUGUGAUGAGUGGAGUCCGGUAAAUUUAUGCUUACUGCGGCCAUACUGAAUAAAUCUGCAUACUUUGAAAGACGACGUUGUUACGGGGAUUAGGGUGCUUCUAGUGAAAGAGCCAUGUUAUGCAAAAUAGGCCUGUCCAUAAUAGGACUGUGUGCUCUAUGUGUCUCUGUAGCCGAGGCCAAGGACUUCAACGUAUAUUGGAAUGUGCCCACAUUCAUGUGCCAUCAACGUGGAAUCUACUUUGAUGUCACCAAGUUCGGCAUCAUCCAGAAUACCGAUGACAUUUUCCAAGGCGAUAAGGUGAACAUUUGGUAUCAUCCGGGGAAGUUUCCCCACAUGAACAACGGCAUCCCUGUUGACGGAGGAAUUCCCCAGAAUGGCAGUCUCGAGGACCACGAAGCUACUUUCAGGAGCCAAGUAGCAACAAUGCCAGAAGACUUCCAUGGUGUGGCCGUCCUUGACUUUGAGUAUUACCUUCCCUCCCAGGCCAGAGCUCCCGUCGAGUACAGACAAGCGUCUAAGAAGUGGGUGGCGGAGCAAUAUCCCGAAUGGACUGACGAAGAAAUCGACAUUGAAUCCCAAAGAACAUUCAAUGAAUCCAUUAGGAAUUUCAUGGAGGUUGCUCUAGAAAUUGGGGUUGAGAUGAGGCCGAACGCCCUCUGGGGAUACUACCAUUAUCCCUACUGUAAAAAUAAGGCGGGAGCAGUCGAGUGUGCCUCCGGCAUGACUGAGAUGAACAACGAAACCCUGUGGCUAUACGAAGCAAGCAAGGCCAUGUACCCCAGCAUCUACCUCUUCGACACCAUGGGGGUCGACCAGAGGAAGGGCAUGGCCCUUGGGAGGAUCCUCGAGGCAAAGAGGCUGAACGACGUCAUAUCUCGACCCAUCGCUGUUUUGACCUAUUGCGCCAAUCAGUACCAUGACGGAGGUCAUUUUAUAACACCAGAGGACAUCGUAAACACAAUUGGCUUGUCAAAGGAAGAAGGAAUUGAUGGCUCUGUCAUAUGGGGAAGUUCGUCUGGCCUCAACACGAAAGAAAAAUGUCUGACAUACAAGGAUUUUGUGGAGAACGUAAUGGGACCAAUAGUGCAAUACAUUCUUGAAUCACCAGUGAAACACAUCACUGACGCCCUAGGAUCCCGAAGCGCAAUGAAGGACUUCAUAUCGAAUGCCAUGCACAGAUUCAGACACUAACUUGGAUAAAGGAAAUGCCGUCAUGAUUGAUCUAAUUUUAUCAGUAUAUAACCAUUUAUGUUAUAUACGUGGUAAAGGUAUCUUAUCAUUUAGCUCAUGUUGCUUUUGUGUUUUUCAGUAGUUAAAUCUGUUCAUAUUUACACGAGAAAGCUUAUAAUGAUACAUUCUUUACAUGGUAUAGUUAAAAUUUGUCUAAUAAUACAUUGAUCAUAUAUGUGGAUUACUUACAUUGUGUGUAAAUAUUAGGUAUCAAUUUAAAACUUAAUUAUGUUAUUUAAAGAUAAAUGAAAUAUUUAACAGAUACCCUUC